AGUAACAGUGUAAUGGGGCGAGUGUUGUGUGUGCUACGGUGAUCCUUCAGAAUUUGCGACCGAGAGAUCAAUUAUUACCAAUUAUCACCCAGAAAAUAAUAAAUACGUGACGUGCGAGAGCUCAACCGUGCAGUUGCUUCACAACCUGGGCAGCUAGGCGCUGCGCUGCGACCCUAGGUGCAAGACCAACUCGGGUCAGGACGUGGACGGCCGGAAGGAACCAGUUCGGCGACGGCGGCCAGCGCUGACCCCAACGUGCUCGUCCUGUUCUCCCCCUUCUGCGGCUUGUGGCUCACCGACUCAUCUCAGGUUUGUGUCGUUGGUUGCUUUUGCACCGCACGAUGCCCCGAGCAAGGAAGCGGCCUGCUGCGACAGCGGACGGCAGCGGGGAUCAGCCACCGCAGAAGGGAGCGCGGGCCAGUGCCAGAGUUGCCAGUGCCAAAGUUGCGGCGAGAGGCGCCAGUGAUCCGCCGUCGUGGUGCUCCGAGUGCUGGGCGCCCGCCGCCGCCGGCGAGUGUUCCGAUAAGGGACACACCCUGAUCUCUACCAGCGAUGCACAGCGCACGGCCAGGGAGGCCUUCGCUGAGGCACAGGCUGCGCUUAAUCGGUGCCAGGCUCGUCUGGACGCUACCUUGAAGUCGGGCGAGACGCUCAUCCUCAAGGCUGAAGUGGACGGAAUAGACGACGAUACUGAUUAUAUGGAAGGGGCUACGUUGACAAUCAAGCUCGUCGUCGACGGCGGCCUCAACGAGAAGGAAAAGAAGUCCAUCAUCGCCGCCAUGAAGAGCAAGGAUGAAGACGACGAUAACCUCGAGUGCUACCCGGAGGCAGACGAGUCAUCGGCCCUUGCCGCGCAAGGUGUCCUGAACACCAAGCGGAUACAGCCGGUUCUGCACAAGCUCUCCCAGUGUGUGGUGGGGCAGACGCUCCCUCCAGGCACGAUCCUCAUCUGCCCCCAGUCCAACACCUUCGACGUGUAUGCCCGCGCUGUGGUUGUCCAGAAGUCCCAACGCAACGACCGCAUUCUCGGACAGGUGACGGCCGGCCUCGGAGAUCUGCGAACGCAUGGCAAAGCUCAUGAACCCUGGCACAACUGGGACGACGAAAUUGAUGGAAACAUAUCAUCUACCAGAAUCUCUGCCAUGUAUUUUGAAGUGCCGAAACCUGCGCCGAAAGCUUAAUCGGCUACUGCUACUGCUCCUGGGGGAGGGCGUGGGCAGAUUUAGGUCAGUACCGUUCGAGGUGGUUUGGUAAUCUCAUCUGCUACGGCCGUGGUUCGUGAGAAGGCAGAAUAUUUUGUUUUAAUAUAUCUCCGACGUGUCUGUUUGUCUAGUAACUUCAAUUUCCAAUCAGUCUGGAAAAACAUGACUACUUCUGUGCAGUAUUUUUAAAAGUGUGUUUUUAUUUGUUUUUACGCUAAAUAAAGUGUAUUUUUAUGUAUA